ACGACUCUGGCCACCAUUGAAACUGGGACAGUUACCGUCAACGACGUCCCACACAACAUCACUCCCAAAGUCAACUUCACGAAGGAUCUCACUCGUUAUUAUGCCCUAUACUCCCAGCUUUCUGCCUGCUCGACUACUAGAUCAUCGACCAGUGCUGACCCCUGCUCUGCUCAUGGAUGCGAAAUCUCUGUCAUGGAGAUGACGACUCUCCAAGGCAUGCAGCUGCCGCAUGAUACUCUACCAAGUUCGAAUUCGGGAGGCGUGAGUGUACCAGGCUUACUGAAUUUUGGGAAUGCAACUUCUCCGGGAGGAGGAUUCUUGAUCGGUCUUGCAACUCAAGAAGAAACCAUUGCUCGUUCAUCUACACUUUCCUCUCUCUCAUGACAGACAUUGCUUAGCAGUUCUACAAUCUCCAUCGCCGUGACGAGAAAGGCGGCUUCUAUCACCAUGCAGUUCGUCUACACCCCUUUGGGAGUGCAGUAGUGAAUGCUGGCGCAGUCUGCAGGCAAAUCGGCGAAAGCGUUGCACAUGAAGAGAUGCGAGAGAGGUAGCGAGGCUAGUGGAGAGCUUUUGAUUGGAGACGGACCACCAAAAAGACCUCAUCCUUGCUGGAUGUUCAUUCAGC